AUGGGGGUCGAAUUUGUCUUCUGCGACGAGAAGGGCAAGGUAGUUGACUGUAUUUCGGGCUGCAAGUCCUUAUGGUACGGCUACGAGCAAAAGACCCCUAAAUUCGAUUACAAUCAAUCUCUCAAGGACGUAGCUGGAUUGGAUGACAAGGCUCUAGAUAGCCAAGGGAUGCGCGCUUUUGCUGCAGACAUUCACUACUAUCUCGAGGAAGAGUUCCCAUGGGUUCUAAGGAAGGAAGAUGCGGAAGUCUACAAACCAGAUUUAGAGAGGCUCAAAGAGCUGGUCGAGGCGCAGAACUUUACCGAAUUGCUGGCCUUCUACGAAAGGGAGCUCGAGGUGCGACCGGGUCCAGAGAUUCCACGACUUGGCUUCCACAGCCUGCUUAUGAAGAAAGCAGGCGCCAUUGAAAAGUCUGAAGGAACGAUGGCGAUAUUAAGGCCCACCGGAGCCACGUCACGAGUUACGUCACGGGUCGAGCCGGCGUCACAGGAAGGGGACGAGGUCUUCAGGUUCCCUAAGAGCAAACGCAGGUUUACCCCGAUGGAGCGCGACCUGCCCACCGCGUUCGUCCUGUGUUCCUUCGCAAUCGCCGCUAGUAUCCUCUUCCUCGCCCACUCGGUCAGGAGACCUUGGUAA